AUGUUAUCAUCUGAAAGCGAUUCUCCAAUAGACUUCGACACCAGUGGAAGCGACUCUGUCCCGGAUCAGCUCGACGGACCGGUGCUGCCACUAGAAUCACCACUAAAGCAAUCUGAUGGCCCUCCUAUUGUGGACGACAACCCAAUAGUGGAAAGUAACGUGUCAGACCAUGCGGCUGUUGAUUCCACUAGUAGUGACUCCAAGCAUCACCAACAAGAACAGCAGCAUAGGACUGUUAGAACAUCAACUCUUACAGAAGACGACUGUAUGACGCUUGCACAGGAGGAGGAUGAGGCGAAGAAGACGAUAAGACGGGAAGCUCAAGAGGCGAUCAAGUCAUUCUACGAUGAGCGUCAAUGCCGCAUAGAGGAAAACAAAAAGAAUAAUCUCGCCGAAAUGGAAAACAUUGAAUCCAGUAAACUGCGAAUGUUGGACAAAGCCGCGAGCAACAAAACCCCAUGGGUUGUCAUUGCUGAGCACGUGAAUUUCGUGUCGUUGAGUCGAGGCAUCAGUGUGGAAUCACAAGGUAGCAGUGGAGAACAAGUGAGGCGAAGUAAGGACCUGGACGCGGAAGUAGGGACCAGGAGCAGGAUGAAGAUGUUGAUGAAAGAGCUACGGAACGAUGAAGUGGCAAGAGGCACUGAAUGA